CGGGGUCCAGAUUGGGUCGCGACCAACCCUCGACUCGACCUGACAUCAACCCCUCCUAAAUUUCACCAACGCGCUGUCCUUUUUCCGCCGGGCACGACACGCCUUGCAGUGCAUCUUGCAACAGUUGACUCACUUCUUUUCCUGCCAUACCCCAUCUUUGUUUUUUGUUUUUUUUCCAUCCUUCUUGACGUCCGACUUUACCAACAACACCAACAUCCCCCGCCGAGGUCUCGGCCACCACAAACAACAAUGCCCGACAACGAUGAUUCGGUCAAUUUUGACUUGAUCGAAGGCCACAAAGAAAACAUCCAAUCCCUCCCCUCCGGCCGCUCCGCCAAAAAACUCGCCCAGCUCUUCUCCCCCCGGGGCAACCCCUCCUCCUCCCCCCAUUCCAACCUCGACGACCUCAAAGGUGAAAACUCCAGAAUAAAAGCCUCUUUUGAGCAAGAGAUUCAAAACAUUGACGAGUCCGACGACCCCCUCGACAUUUGGGACCGGUACGUAAAGUGGACUCUGGAAGCCUACCCCUCGGCGCAAAACACCAAAGAGUCGGGGCUGCUAGGGGUGCUGGAGCGUGCGACACGGGGGUUGGUCAAUGACAAAAGGUAUAAGCAGGAUGGGAGGUAUCUGAGGUUGUGGUUGUGGUAUGUGGGGUGGUUUAUGGAUAAUAAACGGGAAGGAUAUGUUUUUUUGUCGAGCAAGGGGAUUGGGGAAGGGUUGGCGUUGUUUUAUGAGGAGUAUGCUGGGUGGUUGGAGAGUGUGGGACGGUGGGCGCAGGCGGAGGAGGUUUACAAGUUGGGGAUUGAGAGGGAGGCUACGCCUGCGGCGAGGUUGUUGAGGAAGUUUGGGGAGUUUGAACAACGGCGGGCGGCGCAAGAGGAGGGCGAUGGGCCGAGUAGUCCGGCGAUUCCGGCGCAGAGAAAGGUGCUUGGGGUGAGGGCUGAUCCUUUUGGGGCUGCCGAGCCGGUGGUGAGGGAUCCUCAGGCGCCGAGGCAGACGAGUGGUGUUGGGGGUGGGGGAGCAAGGCCGGCGAAGUCGAAGCUGGCGAUUUUCUCGGAUGCGGAUGCUGCGCCGGAACCGUCGGCCAUGUCCUCUCGUGGACCGGAGUCGAAGGGGUGGGACUCGAUUGGGUCGAUGGCCGAAAGAAAAAAGGAGAACACCAUGGCGCCGAAGCCGUGGGCUGGGGAGACGUUGAAGGCGGGAGGAAAGAAACCGCCUAGUGCUGGGGCCAAGAUGGCGUCUAUGGACAAGCAGAUAUCACAAUCGCACAUUCGAAUUGACUAUACCAAGGUUCAGGUUACUGUGAAUCCGGCGAGUGGGAAGAGGGAGAGGAUUUAUGUGGACUUGAGGGCUGUGUAUCCGACGCCUGAUGAGCCGGGGACGGAGAAGAGUUUUGAGGAGAUUUGGGCGGCUAAUAGGGGGUGGCUGGAUGUUGAGUGGGAGGAUGAGCAGCAGCAUGAGUCGACGCUGUUUAUGAAUGAUGAGAAUAGCUUCCCGGGGGCUGGGAAUGUGGGAGGAAAGCCGCAGAAGAUGGCGAUUCAUGCGGAUGUGAUUAGGUUGGAUGAGAAUGGGGCGCCGAUUUAUCCGAAGGGGGAGAAGACGAUGAGGAGAAAGAAGAAGCAGGAAUUGAAUGAGACGCAAACCAGUGAGUUUAUUUUUGGGGAUUGUUGGCAGUCUGUCGGUGAGCCGACUAUGACUCUGCACACCAAGGCGGCCACGGACGAUAUCUACGACAUUUUCAAUGCGGAAGUCAAGCCGGUAAAGCCUCUUGGUGGUAGUGAUGACGAAAGGGGGUAUGAGUCGGAUGAUUAUACCAUGGGUGAUGGCACCAGGCGUAUUUCAACCAGUGAUGUCGAUGAGGAUGAGGAGGAUGAAGAAGAGGAUGAUGUCGAUGGUGAUGGUGAUGAAAAUGCCAGUGUGUGGUCGGAAUCAUCACACAAGCAGCAUCAAGACCAGUCGGACGAUUUGAUCGAUGUUCAUGAUGGGGAAGAGGACGAUCAUCCGGAUGAGCCUCCUAGAACGAGGACCAUGUUUGUUCCUAUACCCCCUGAAGACUAUGUGCCGACACGACGACCGUGGAGGGAUCCUGUGGAGGCGGCUAACAACCGUCUUCCAUUCAUGACUCCCAUCACGGAACGAACGGAAAUGUCGCUUGAUGUCACGGCUGAUAUGGGUCGGUACGAGCUACACAGCAAGACCCCGUCGAGGCAGAUCAACAAGAACAUGAUUGCCGAAGAGGAUGAGGAGGAAGGGGAAGAUCUGACACCGCUCAGCAGUCCGGCUCGGGGUGUGUUUGAGGAUGAGAAUGCCUUUCCCAAGGGCAAGGUGCCUCAGCCGCUGCUUCCCAAGGCCAGACCUGCGUUGGCGUCGAAGCCCCUUGCCACCAAGGUGCUGACGCCCAAGGCAACCAAGACGCUCGUUAUCCACAACAAGGGGCCUAUUAUCAAGGAUGCCCAGUGCAAUCCUGUCGACACCGCUGUCCGAGGCGAGAUUUUAUCGAACAUCCAGCCUCCCUUGACUUCUACUGCAAAGCAAUCGGCAAAGGCGGCAACCGCUCCAGCACAGGCGACAAGUCUUCCAACCUUGGGUCGUCUGUCACCCUCCGCUUUCCCGGCACAGAAAGGGAAUACGCCAUCCGCCGUGAACUCGGCGCCGGAGCCUUUGCCCCCGGUGUAUCUCGUCAACAACUCCCACCCUUCGGUGAAUAAUUCCGACGCCGACGACGACGAUGACGAAAACAACGAAAACGCCAUCAUGGGCAAGGGGCGUUUUGCCUCUGCCCAUCAUAAGCGUUACCCGCAGGAGGCACUCAAGAUGGAGUCCCCGCCUACUCCUUGGGAGUUUUACAUGAUGCGUCUGGCGCACAACCGUCUUGGUCCGCACGACAGGGCAACGGCUUCGUUGUCUCCAGCGUUGGAGUUUCACCUUUACCAGGAUGAAUGCUUUUUAUUCCUGCCGUAUCACCCCUUCGGGACGCUGCUGGAUGUGGUCAACCUCUUCCGCGGGGAAGCCUCGGGCGUGAUGGACGAGCAGCUGGCCAUGUUUUUUACUAUUGAGCUCUUACGCACAGUGGAGGCUCUUCACGCCAAGGGGAUCAUGCAUGGUGACUUGAAAGCAGACAACUGCCUCUUGCGCCUUCCCGGUGAUGAGACACCGCUGUCGACGAAGUAUCAACCCUCGGGUGACGGGGGUUGGGCCUCGCGGGGAAUUACGUUGAUUGAUUUUGGGCGCGGGAUCGACAUGAGGAAUUUUAGGGAUGAUGUUCAGUUUGUGGCUGAUUGGAAGACGACGAGUCAGGACUGUAACGAGGUGAGGGAGGGGAGGUUGUGGACGUGGCAGAUUGAGUAUUUUGGGGUGGCGGGGAUAGUGCAUUGUUUGUUGUUUGGGAAGUAUAUCGAGACGGUUGGGGUGAGGGAUGGGAAUGGAUUGGGGAAGAGGUAUAGGAUUAGGGAGAACUUGAAGAGGUAUUGGCAGACGGAGAUUUGGGGGGGGUUGUUCGAGAUGUUGUUGAAUCCGGGGAAUUUUGUCGGGGGGGAGGAGGGGGGACGGAUGCCGCUUGUUAGGGGGUUGAGGGGGUAUAGGGAGAGGAUGGAGGGUUGGUUGGAGCAGAAUGGGGAGCGGGGGUUGGGAAUUAGAGGGGGGUUGGGGAGGGUGGAGGGUUGGGCUAGGGGACGGAGGUAG